GCACACGCACGCACACAUCCCCGUCUCCCCCGUCGGCUCCUCCGCGGUGCGUCCCCGGCUCCUCUCCGCACACUCGCCCCGCUCUCGGCUUUCUGCCCCCGGUCAAACUGCCCCACACCUCUCCCCCGGACCCCUGCCCUCCACGGACCCGUCAGCUCCGACCCGGAUUGGACCAGUUUACCCCCGAAACCAGCGCAGGAAGCCGGCCUCAAACUUUGGCACGCACCGCCCUUGUCCCUUUUCCACGCGCGCUGACGCCACCCUUUCUGUCCCUCUUCACGUCACGCGGGUUUACUCCACUCUUUCCACUUCGGGGGGGCUGUUUUUCGGACUUUUCUCCUCGUGCCCAACUUUUUUCCCUGGACCUCGCUCGUGCGCCAUCGCGUGCGCCUGACCGGAAGCGGGUCUCUGGCACGCGCACUGACCCGGUGCUGCGGUCGGGUCCGGGAGGAGUGGAGUUUCGUUUGUUUUGGUGGAUCUUCGUGGGUCUUUCGGGGUUGUCUCUUCACUUUUGUCCACUUUUGGAUCUGGACAGGUUUUACGCACGGGCCAUGGCGCGGGGCGUGUGACGGGGCCGCGCGCGCACCAGUGUCUCCGGUGUGAGGUGGAGUGGGCGGGGCAGCGAUGGCGGGGUCCUCGGUGAAGGUGGCCGUGAGAGUGCGUCCGUUCAACGCCCGAGAAAUUGCACGAAACGCCAAAUGUGUCAUCCAGAUGCAAGGGACCUCCACAUGCAUCUCAAACCCGAAACAAAACAAAGAUGGAGCCAAGACCUUCACGUUUGAUUAUUCCUACUGGUCCCACACGACGGACGAGGACCCCGCUUUUUCCACUCAAAGAAAAGUGUAUAAAGACAUCGGUGAGGAGAUGCUGCUCCAUGCGUUUGAAGGUUACAAUGUGUGUAUUUUUGCGUAUGGCCAGACGGGGGCAGGCAAGAGCUACACCAUGAUGGGCAAACAGGAGGCGGGGCAGGAGGGCAUCAUCCCACAGCUCUGUGAAGAACUGUUCCAGAAAACAGGAGACAACCAAGACCCAGACCUGCAGUAUUCUGUCGAGGUGUCGUACAUGGAGAUUUACUGUGAGCGUGUGAGGGACCUGUUGAACCCGAUGUCUCAGGGCACUCUGAAGGUCCGGGAGCACCCCAUCCUGGGUCCGUACGUCCAGGACCUGUCCAAGCUCGCCGUGACCGGAUUCUGCGACAUCCAGGACCUCAUGGACGCGGGGAACAAAGCCAGAACUGUAGCUGCCACCAACAUGAACGAGACCUCGUCCAGAUCUCACGCCGUUUUCACCAUCGUCUUCACCCAGAGACGCAGAGACCAGCUGACCGGCCUCGACACUGAGAAGGUGAGUAAGAUCAGUCUUGUGGAUUUGGCUGGAAGUGAACGAGCUGAUUCUUCAGGAGCAAAAGGCACGAGGCUGAAGGAAGGAGCCAAUAUCAACAAGUCCCUGACGACGCUGGGCAAAGUCAUCUCCGCUCUGGCUGAAAUGCAAGGCACAAAGAAAAGGAAAAGCGACUUCAUUCCCUACAGAGACUCAGUCCUAACCUGGCUCCUCAAAGAAAACCUCGGAGGAAAUUCUCGGACGGCGAUGAUCGCAGCUUUGAGUCCGGCCGACAUCAACUACGAGGAGACGCUCAGCACACUCAGAUACGCCGACCGGGCCAAGCAGAUCCGCUGUAACGCCAUCAUCAACGAAGACCCCAACGCCAAACUGAUCCGAGACCUGAAGAGCGAAGUGGAAAGACUGAGGAGCCUCCUGUGCUCCCAAGGACUACACGAACUACUGCAGCAAGGAAACGAGAGUGUGGCUAAUGCUAACACUGAAGAGCACACGGCCAAUGGCAUCGAAGGAAAUCAAAGCCCCGCCUCCCCAGGCGGUAAUGCGUCUAGCGGCAACACGUCUGUUAACUCCGACAUCUUAUUGGACGACGAUGCAGAGGGGGAGGGGUCUGAGCCAAUCAGCAAAGAGGAGGCGGCCGAGAGACUCCUGGAGACAGAGAAGAUCAUCGCAGAGCUGAAUGAGACGUGGGAGGAGAAACUGAGGAAAACCGAGUCUAUACGAUUAGAACGGGAGGCGCUGUUGGCCGAGAUGGGUGUGUCCAUAAAAGAAGACGGAGGAACUUUGGGCGUGUUCUCCCCAAAAGGAACGCCUCACCUGGUCAAUCUGAACGAAGACCCGCUCAUGUCCGAAUGUCUCAUCUACUACAUCAAAGAGGGCGUGACCAGAGUUGGACAGCAGGACGUGGACAUCAAACUUUCGGGACAUUUUAUCAAAGAAAUCCACUGUGUUUUUGUGAGUGAGACCAACGACAACGGAGAAGUGGUGGUGACUCUGGAGCCUCUGGUCGGAGCUGAGACGUACGUGAACGGGAAACUCAUCACUGAAGGAGUGGAGCUCAAACAGGGAAACCGUAUCGUGAUGGGGAAGAACCACGUGUUUCGGUUUAACCACCCGGAGCAGGCUCGUCUGGACCGGGAGCGCCGCAGUGCCGCUCUCCAACAGAAGGAGGCGCCGGAGGGGCAGAGGGAGGGCAGUCCAGACCUGCAGAUGGAGCCCGAGGACUGGACCUACGCCCAGAGAGAACUGCUGGAGAAGCAAGGGGUGGACCUCAAACUGGACAUGGAGAAGAGGCUGCAGGACAUGGAGAGUCAGUAUCGCAAAGAGAAAGAAGAGGCCGAUCUGUUGUUAGAGCAGCACCGCCUGUACGCAGACAGCGACAGCGGAGACGACUCGGACAAACGCUCGUGUGAGGAAAGCUGGAGGCUCAUUUCAUCUUUGAGAGAAAAACUUCCUGCCAACAAGGUGCAGACGAUCGUGAAGCGCUGUGGACUCCCGAGCAGCGGAAAACGCAGAGAGCCGCUCAGAGUUUAUCAGAUUCCCCAAAGACGGAGAAUCGGAAAGGAUCCUAAACGCCUCACUGUGGAAGACCUCCGCAUGCAGGCCGUCAAAGAGAUCUGCUACGAGGUUGCGUUGGGAGACUUCCGUCACUCUCGUCAGGAGAUCGAGGCUCUGUCCAUAGUGAAGAUGAAGGAGCUGUUCCGGAUGUACGGGAAGAAGGACCAGCCGGAGGGGCAGAGCUGGCGCGCCGUGGCCCAGGACGUGUGCGACACCGUGGGCAUCGGAGAGGAGCGCGGCCCCUCGACCGAAGACGGCUCUGGAGCUCCCGGAGAACCGGAGCAACAGGCCAAUCCCAGCGGACUGCAAGGCCUCAAGGCUCAUAUCGACAAACUCACGGAUAUACUGGAGGAGGUGAAGCUGCAGAACAACAUGAAGGAUGAAGAAAUCAAAGCUCUGAGAGACAGAAUGGUCAAAAUGGAGUCCAUCAUCCCCGUGCAGGAUGAAGAAAUGAACGGGGAAGAGGGCGGAGUCUGUCAGUCUGAAGACGGACUGACGGACGAAUCGAGCGGCGUCGUGCCCGAGGCUCGAGUGCAGCGCCUGAUGGAGGAGGACCCCGCCUUCAGGAGAGGGCGCCUCCGCUGGCUCAAACAGGAACAGCAGCGAAUCCAGAAUCUGCAGCAACAAAACAUCACCAAGAAACUGAGAGGACAACCGCAGAGUCAAGCUCCCAACGCUCCCACAGUCCCGGUCCACCUCCCCGGCACUGGACGCUUCAUCCCGCCCCAGGAAUGCAAACUCAAAUUCCCCUUUAAGAGUAACCCCGCCCACCGCCUCUCCUGGGGUCCCGCCACCGCCGCGCUGCAAGCUCUGGGGUUAGCCGACGUUAGCAUCGAACCGCUAAAAGACGAAACCAAAUCGCAGCUGAAUCCCGAAGUUCCUCCUUUUAACAGCAUGGCCGCCGCUCCGACCAAUCCGGCGCCGGCUUUGCUCCCGCUUCCCUUCCAAAUCCCGCCCCCUCCCAGAAUGAGAUCGCCGAGUCCGCAACGCAACUGGCAACAACGGAAUCCGCAACAGCAGGGGGCGUACCAACAGAACUACAACAACAAUCAGAAAAGAUACAGACGGAAUUCGUUGGAUAAUCCUCGAAACUACGACAACGGCGAGCAGCAACAAAAUGGCGGACAGUAUCAAGGAAGGCCUAGACAGCGAAGGGGCGUGUCUCCAAAUCCAGGGGGCGGGCCCAGAGGUGGCGGCGGAGGAGGCGGAGGAGGAGGAGGACACGUAAACAACAACGAUAGACGCGAUUUUCAAUUUAACCAAAAUCGGUAUCACCAGCAUUACCCUCACCCGUACUACAACCCCCACAAUGCACCAUUCCAGCCUUUUCCAAAUUACAACAGCCUGCCGCGAAAUGGAGGUCAGAAUCAAAAUGGCGGCGGCGGCGGAGGAGGAGGAGGAGGAGGAGGAUGGGGCUUCCAGACUCCGCCCAGAAUGAGGCGUCAGUUUAGCGCGCCGGAUCUCCAAAAAGACACUACGAACAAGGAGGCGAGCAUGUGACCAUAACGGAGGAUUGUGAUUGGUUCAUUCAGAGGCUGUGGAGAAAAAGGCUGUGUGGAUUUCAGCACUUUUUAUGUUUUUUUUUUUUCUUUUUCUGUUUUUUUUUACACGUCCGUAACCUCAGUCCUGCUGUUAGCGAGCGAGUCUACGUGUGAUCUGAAAGGCUGUGCGAUGACGACGUAACUCCAAGAAAGAUUUGAGAGGAUUUGAAUUCAGAAUAUUAAUCUUGAUUUGAGGAUUUGUGACUUUUUAGGACAUUUUAUUACGUUUUUUUUUCUUUUCUUAGCAUUAUAUCCUGUGUUCGUGUUGCCAUUUAUAAGCUUCACAAGCUUCUUAACGCGCUACACUGGUUUUAAGCUAAUUUUAAGCUAGUUUUAAGCUAGUUUUAGUUGUUUUUCACCAUUAGCUCUUCUCAGUGUUUCCAGAUCAUGAGCUUUUUCCAGGUAAAACGUCGUGAAUUUCAGUGGCCGACCCAAAACCUUUCAUGAUUCAUACACAGGAACGUUUGGUGAAGUGUGAAGUGUGUUGCUCAAGGACACAACAAACCCCUGACUGACUGUCCAAACAUAUGUGCAGUUUUAUUUCUUCUUUCCGUAAUUAAAUCUACUUAAAUCAAGGUUAAUAUUUAGAAAUAAAAUACUGAUAGUGACACUUUAUAAUAACGGCGCCGUAAUUAGUUUCAAUAAAUGUUGCAUACUUUACAUCAGGAGUCUCAAACUCGCGGCGCGGGGACCAAUUGCGGCGCACGAGAUGAUAUUUUGUGGGCCGCGGGACACUAUGAAAGUUUAAUGUUAGUGUGGCUUUACCGUGUUGCGUGUUGAAGGUUACGCCAAAUCGGUAAACGCCAAAUACGUGUCACUCGCGCUGCGUACUCCCGUCACAAAAGAUUCAACGAUUAACGAUGACGAUGACGUUUGAGGAGAUUUUAACAACGUUUUUUUUGUGGAAUACUUGAUUGCGGUGACAUAACGGCGAUUAUCUUUGUCGGCGAUUGUCACGAUUGUAUAAAAAUUGACACCAACGAUUAUUGUCAACCGUUGAUGUUCACGCCGAGUGCGGGAUUCGAACCGCCAACCUUCACUCGAAUCAGAAGCGACGCCGUUUUUUCACGAUGAAUUCGGUCUUCGUUUGUUACGUCUCUUUCACGUGUCGUUAUUGUAAAGUGUCACGUGUCGACGGGUGCCCUAAACUCAAUCUAUGACCUCUUUUAGCACUAAGUAGCGUACGUAACCUCUACAGCGCUGUGUGGCUUAGUGGUAGAGUUGGAGCGCAUAUGCAGGCCUGAACGCGCUCUGAACCAGACACAGCUGCUGUUCAAUGUCUUGACGUUUUUUUUUUAUUUUGUCAGUUGUUUUACUUUGGUUCUAAGGAUCUUUAGUGCUGACAAAUGGGUGCUUUUUAGCCACGGCAUUAGCAUUAGCAUUAGCAUUAGCUUACCAUGCCAGAUUUGCAACGCUACAUUUGUUAUUUUUACUAUUUUAAGUGUCAUUUAUAUUCGGGUGUUUUGUUUAACUGAAGGACUUUGGCUUUUUGAAGUCGUACGUUUAUGUGUUAGUGGGCGAUGCUAACGAGCUAACGAGCUAACUAGCGAAGAAGCUUAUGGUCAUUUUAAACUGACAGAAACGCGUAAAAUGGAGUUACUGAAGCAUGUGACUGUGACAGAGUUACGUAAUCCUCUCGGGAAGAAGGUUGUGGGUUAGAUUCUGGUUCGGAAAGUUGGAAGUGAAACGUCAACUUGAACGCUACGAAACCAAAGACGCUGCUGUACAAAAAAAUGAAAGCGGAGUUUUAUAAACGUUUGAAUGCGUUGUGUGUAUAUUUGAUGUGUAUUUACGUAAUUUUAUGAAGGAAGAGGAGAUGCCGGCUUUUUAAAACGGCGGAAUUUUGAUGGAUUUAGACAAAAAAAAGUCGGGGCCGUUUUAGCAAAGGAUUUUGGGUAAUGUAGUCAGACGGAGAAAAGUGAAGGUAGAUGAAAUACAGUUUAUGACACUACGAAAACAAAAUGGCGCCGUAAGUACUGUGCGAGACGCUCUUUAAACGGGAUUUUUAUUGGAUUUGUAGUUUUUAGAAAGAAGAAAAACUACAAAAAUGGAAGCUCAGAAAUGGUCAAGUCAUGUGACACUGACGUAAACUCAAGAGACUAAGUUAAGUUUACAAAGUGGAUUUUCAAAAUGUAUUCUACAAUAAACGGGAAUACACGUUUUUUUUUUUAGUUUUUUUUUUUUUUUUUUCCAAUAACUUUAUGCUCUAGUUCUAAUAGAAGUGAGUUUAAACACACAAAACGCGUGGAAGAGGGUGGAAGGGCAUCUGACAUACAGGAAUAUAUUACUUUUAUACAACUCAGACGUGUUUUGAGAGACUUGUUUUGGGAGAAUGUGAUUGGCUGACGGCGGCUGCUCUCGGCCAAUCGCGGGACAAUCUCUGAACGUGAACCCGCCCCUUUUGUUUUCAUUUGUUUUAUUGAAUUGUUUUGUUAUUUUUUUGUUUGUCUUUUAUUAUUAAUAUUUUUUAAACUUCCAGCUCUAUGUCUGAUUGGCUGAUUCAUAUAUAAGUGGGCGGACUUCCUGUUUUGUUUGGCUUUAGCGUUAACCACAUUUUUUUGCUGUAAAGUUGCCUUGAAACUUGGCGACGCAUCACUACUUUUACCUUUCAUAAUUUAAUUUUUUUUUCGUUUUAUUUUUCCUGCUGCUAAAAUAAUUGUGUUCUGUUUAUCACGUUUCUUUUUUUUUCUUUUUUUCCCCCCUUUUCUUCUGUUUUAUUAUAACUUUCUGUGCCGUUUUCCGGUGGUGUGACAGGUGACUUUGUGAUGUCGCUGUUUUGUGGAUUCAGAAAGAGGCAGAAUGCAAUAAACUCUGACAAACCUG